AUGUCUCCUGCGUCCUCUAUCAAUGGCUUCACCCUGAUCCCCGUCCUGUAUACGCCGUCGACAACCCACUAUAUCUACGCGCGCCCUCAUUCAUCGUCCAAAGCUGAAAUCCACAGCGUUCUACCAUCAGGUAGGACUUUGUUCCUGGUCAACAUCCCCCCGGACACGACAGAAAGGGAACUCAUCCUUCUAUUCAAACACUGCGGGACUGUAGAGAGGGUCGUCUUUGACUUUGAGGCGAAAGAACCCCACCACGAAGAGGCUGACAGCGAGGAUGAUGAAGAUGAGGAUAUGGAAGAAUCAGACGAACAGCCUCGUAAACGACGGAAAACAUCCAAAUCCGACAUACCCACUGUAACACCCCUACCAUCGACAUCCCUUCGUACGCUGAGGAGAACUGGCCGACCGGCUCAUAUUGUUUUCCUUGAUUCCUCCUCCCUCGAUCGUGCCAUGUCGGCUUCGAGCAAGCCACGGCCAUGGCCCACAUCUGAGGAACCGCGCGGGGCAGCUCAUUAUAGAGCACUUUACGCUUCAUUACGCCCUCCUCUUGAUGUUGUGCGGGAGCACGCAGACACGUCCAUCGAGCUAUACGAAUACCAGUUAGCAAAGGAGAAACAAAAGUCGAAGUACCUCAAGGGCGAUGCGAUAGUCGACGAGGACGGCUUCACACUCGUUACGCGGGGUGGUGCGUAUGGAAAGACGUUGGGUGGUGGUGUAGGGGUGGCUAGUAAGCGAUUCCAAAGGGCUGGGGAGAGUGGAAGGUAUCGUACUAAAAAGAAGGAGAAGAAAGAGAAGGAGGGAUUUUAUGCGUUCCAGAAGGCGGAAAAGCAGCGAUCCGCGCUCAUGGAUUUAAAAAAGAAAUGGGAAGAAGACAAGGCCAAAGUGGAAAAGUUGAAGGCGUCAAGACGGUUCAAGCCCUAUUGAUUUGUUUCGUGGAUUUUCAGUGUUCUAUUACUAUGGUGUACCCAGCCUAUCAUCACGAAGUUUUAUCACGUUAAUCACAGCAACUCCACUCUGUGCCCUCG